AUGUCGUCCGUGCACACAAGCAAAAUGAUGAAAUUUUUGGUUUUGGUAUUAGGUGUGCUUACAUCCAGUUUGGCUGAUUCAAACGCAGUCAGCCGAAAUUACGAUGAAGAAAUAUGUGAUCCGCAUACAAUGACACUAGCACAAUAUCCAGCAAUUCUUACAAAAUUAGAUGUUGUUUUAACGAAUCCAUUAAAAUUACGUGCAACUUUCCGUUUGCCGAAUAGUACGAAAGAAAUUACAGCAGAAGGAAUGUCUUACGGCAGUACUAGUUCCUUCACUCAGGAUAGUGCCAUCGUUGCCUGUCGCUCACUUGGAUGUAGUAAAGCAGCUGGAAGAGUUACUAUGAGUUGGACACCAACUCAAGCAUGUCGAUUUACUUGUCCUGACGGUACCAGUGCGUUACAGACGUGUCGUAAUAUGCAACAAGAUUUCCGAUGUCCAACAGAUGCAAUGAGCCUAAAAGAGUGUAUUACAAAACCAUUUUUUAGUAUAUCAGGAAAUAACCUAAAUGGCAUAGCAUUCGUGUGUUCGGAAUGUGGUGAAGAUUAA